AUGGAGGUGCACGAUGGAUCAGCAGUGAUGGUGGUAGGGCAGGUGGCAGUGCUGCUGGAGGAGCUGCUGGAACUUGGUAGGGAAUUAACGCUGGCACUGCUAGCAGUAGAUGAGGAGCUGAUUGCUGGCGCGCUGGAACUUGAUAGGGAAUUAACGCUGGCACUGCUAGCAGUAGAUGAGGAGCUGAUUGCUGGCGCGCUGGAACUUGGUAGGGAAUUAACGCUCGCGCUGCUUGACGAAGAGCUAGAAAAGGUUCCGCGUGGUAUUGUGGAAACGCUGCUGCUGGUAAUGCUUGAGGUUGCGGAUGUCGUCGAGGCAAUGGGAUUAGAACUAGUGACAGUAUUUGAAUUGGCGUUUGAUGUACUACUAAGAGAUACCUGGGGUGUUGAGAUGCUCGAUAUCGUCAUCGGUGUGGUCAUGGAGACUGUGACGAAGGCCUAUAAGUAG